AUGCGGGCGCUGCACGGCGCGGCCCUGGCGCUGCUGCGGGCGCUGCACGGCGCGGUCCGGGGGCUGCACGGCGCGGCCCUGGCGGUGCUGCUCUGGCGGGGCUCGGCUCCUGCCCGCCCCGCCGCCUCCGAGGUGCUGAGCCAGCACCUGCGGCAGCGCCGCCUGCCCCACUGGACCUCGUUCUGCGUCAAGUACAGCGCGGUGCGCAACGACCAGUUCGGCCUCUCGCACUUCAACUGGCCCGUGGACGGCGCCAACUACCUGGUGCUGCGCACCGGCUGCUUCCCCUUCAUCAAGUACCACUGCUCCCGCGCCGCGCCGCAGGACCUGGCGCUGCAGGACGCCUUCUUCACCGCCCUCAAGGUGCUCAACGCCGGCAUCCCCACUUUGCUGUAUGGAAUUGGCUCCUGGUUCUUUGCCCGUGUCACAGAGACUGUUCACACCAGCCAGGGCCCAGUCACUGUUUAUUUUCUGAAUAAAGAAGAUGAAGGAGCCAUGUACUGAGCUGAAUGCCUGUCCUCUGGUGGGUUCUGUGCUGCAAACUCCUGCUGCCUUUCACUAAAAACACCUAAACUUGGUUUUUCCACUGUGUUCUCAUCUCAGUGUGCUGUUGCAGGAAGUUUUGGUGGUGAGAGAUUUAUUUUUGCAGAGCUCUGUGAAGUUGAAGAAUUAGAAUUUCUGAGGGUAUGGCUGGGAGUCAGGGACUGGUGCUGCUGGACAAACCUGAGAUCAUUUAAAGAGAUGCAUUUAUCAGCUUAGAGAACUGAAUUGUAGCCUGUGGGCAAGGAAACAUUUCAGAAUGUCCCUGAAAAGAUAAAGCUGCUCAGGUGUAGAGCCUGCCUACAUAUUUCAUCAUGAAUUAAUUGCCACAGCUCUAACUGUGAAUGAAUCUGUGGCACUGAGCCUUUGGGGAAGAAAAUCCCACCCUAAAAGAAGUGCAAAAUGGCUGUAUGGCAUUUCUGGAAAUGAUAUUUAAAUAAAAUAUCCAAAAUAUA